AUGGAGCGCCGACAUGUAACAACUGCCUGCAAUGCGUGUCGAGAAAACAAAACCAAGUGUGACGGCAGAAAACCCUCGUGCGAAUAUUGUUUGAAACGGAGAAGGACUUGUCAAUAUUCGACCAAGGAUGAUAAGCGGAAAGUCCGGUUGAGAGCAGCGGUACAGAUACUUUUUGAUCGAGUAGAGGUCCUCACCCGACUCGCCAUGCAGCAUGAUUUACACAUCCCGAACCUGAGCCCCGGUGACCAGGAGCUCUUGGAAGACGUUCAGAAGACCUUAGAUAUAUCCCAGAGCGCAAGCAUCUCACUCAAGUCGGUGGCUACUCCUGUUAAGCAAAUUAAUGAGGACCUGACAAAAUCUGGUCCAAACCUCGAUUGGCACUUAACACCCCCCCAAGAGUCCACCAUCCUUCAAACGGUGGAGAUGAGCACGAGUAAUACUUCGAGAAUCCCACUUCAGAACAAUGACACGGACUUGAUGGAGUUAGUGCCAGGCCAGCCACUCCAUGCCGCGUUUCCAGGAGACGAUUUUAUCUGGGCACAAUUUCAGUCCCCUAGUUUCUCGCUCGACCACCCAUUCGACUGGCCAUGGGAAGUUCAGUAUGAUUUCUCAGCCCUAACUUCUGACCCUUGUGAGAUGCUCUUCACCUCCACGGAAGAUUCGCAACUACGCCAAGCGGAUCACACGGAGGCUGCGAAGAGUGGAAGGUCCCGUGUCGUCUCAAACGACAACUCAGAGGACGAAGCCGAUACCCAUUUUGUCAUCCAAUUAGCCACCCGUCUGGGAUCACUGCGUGUUACUUCGGAUGGCGCUUUGCGCUACUAUGGCUCUCAGUCUAACCAUCAUCUGCUUGGAAACUCGCGGAUGGUAGAAGAGCCUGUUGAAGUUCGAAACAUACAUCGUGAUGGUCAGAGGAUGCUCGAGAAGGCUGGUUUGGGAGCGGAUGUCCCAAACGGCCUGCAAGAAAACCUGAUUGAGCUCUUCUUCAAGUGGCACAACCCAUGUCAUUUGACAGUCGAUCGCAACAUGUUCGAGUUCGCCCAGAAAGGGGGAAAACACGGAGAGCGGGAAUAUGCAUACAAUUCCCAGGCGCUCGUAAAUGCUAUGUGCGCUCUUGGCGCCGCUUUUGAAGCUCGCUACCACCACUCUUUCAUAACCUUCCCGAAGCCACUGGCCGAGUUCUUCGCGGACCGAGCAAAGAUCCUCCUUGAACUUGAACUAGACUCUCCUUGCAUUUCAACCAUUCAAACUCUCCUCCUGUUGAGCAGCCACGAAGCUGCCCGGGGUUGCGAUGCGAGAAUGUGGUUAUACAGCGGCAUGGCAAUGAGACUAUGUUUUGACAUUGGCCUACAUGUUGAUAGUACUCCGUAUGUGGAGCGAGGCUUGAUGACUCCGAUGGAGGCAGAGGCACGCUUGACAACCUUCUGGAGCAGUUUCGUGGUCAAUAACCUUUGGUAUUUUGAUCUAGGGCGGCCAUUCCGCAUUGACAGCGAGGAAAUAUCCGUCGGGCAACCUGCUAGUCUGCUCGAUGAGAAAAACAGCUCUUGGAGACCCGAUUCCACUCUCUUGCAUCAUUAUGACGAGACAGCCUCCAGUCAAAGAUGCCAUGACCGACGCUUGCUGAUCCUCCACCAAUGGGUCGUUCUCUGCGAAGAUGUUGUGCCUCUGAUCAGAAAACUAUAUGGAUGUGCUCGAAUAUCCAAGACGGCCCUGCAGAAACUGUCCUUUGAAACAACAAGUCGACUCUUUCAGUGGCGCAAAAAUUCUCCCGAAAUAGAAAUUGAUGAAACUGAAAGAACGAUAUCAAUAGAGAUCCUCAUGGUGUACAUGGCAUAUCAUCAUUUUGUGAUAUUGCUUCACCGUCCGUGGACCUCCAAAAAAUCCCAGCCACCAGAGAAGAUUGGGCCUGGAUUUAGACACGCCCGAAGUGUCUGCAGCGAAUCGGCGAUGGAAGUCGCAAAGUUACUUCGACUGUACGAGAAAUUCUACGGAUUCCGUCGCAUGAACGUGUAUGCCGUCAAUGUCAUCUUCUCGGCAUCCUUGAUUCUCAUAUUCCACAUGAUUAAUGAGCCGAAUUCACAUAGCUCUAGCUACGAGGACGAUCAGAUCACUGUGGAUUUGAACACCUGUUUCCGUGCUAUGGAUGAACUGAGCCAGGGAUUCGAGAGCGCCAAGCGUGUGAGACAAUCUUUAUUUGCUCUACAGAGGCAAUGGACCGAAUUGCUUCAGGAUGUAACUUCUAACUCGAAAAGGAGAGCUGGGUCACCGCCUUGGGCGGUCCCGCCGCUGUCAAAACGAUCGGCGAUCUGA